CGGUAGGACCGGUGGCUGCAGGAGCAGCAGCAGCAGAAGCAGCGGCGGGUACUCUGUACUCUGCGUCCCGGAGGCAGCCGACUGCGCCACCCCACCCUCCCACGGCCGGGCGGGACCCGCGCCACCAGCCCGGACCUCCGUCGUCCCGCGGCGACCAAAAUCCCCGCUGGCCGCACCGCUGUGACUACUCCGGACUCGCCGGCAGAGUUUGCCCGCCGGGGAGGGUGGCCGAUUGGCGGAGCGCACUCCUGCUGUUUUUCCCACCAUCUCGUGGAUGUCGUCCCUCGGGUGGUGAGAGAACUUUGCAGUGGGCUGGAGCGCCCUUUGCGGAGAAGCACACGAAGGUGAAGGAAGGAAAGAAAGAAGACCCAGGAAGAAAAAAAGAAGACCGAGGAAGAAGGGGCUCGGAAGAAGGGCCCGGAGCGGCCGGGCCGGCCGUGCAGGGCGAGUGCGCGCGAGGCGCGGCGCCCUGAUGCUCCCCGGGCUCGAGGAGCAGCGGCCAUUUGCGGGACUGCUCUCGGUGGAGUAGCCCCAUCGGGCCCGGAGGCUUUGUGCAACCGCGGAGAACACCGAGUGCUGGUCGCAGGGGGCGUGCCGAGCCGCCUCCCGGCGCGCCCUCCGCACUUUCCCCGCCUAGUCAUCCCUCGCUCCCCGGCCAGGAGCCUCCGCCGCGUCCUCAACCUCUCUCCCUUUUGCGUCCCGGGACCCUGCGAGCACCCGGGCCGAGGGCGCAGCCGAGUCUUGCGGGAGUCGCCCCGAAAGCGUCGGGUUUGUGUGGGGUUAGCGGGGGCCGCCGCGCCACCUGCGCCUCGCCCGCCGCCGCCUCGGGGAAAACCCGAAGAGGAGGCGGACCAGGAGAAGAGCAAAGAGAAGCAGCCCGUCUGGAUUUGUUUGCCCAGGACUGGCGCCGCGCACGCGGAUCCCCGAGGGGAGUGCGGUCGGAGUCACCGCGCCCCCGCCUCCCCGCCCGGGCGGCUGAGGCCGGGGGGUUGGAGCACUGCCCCCGCGCACAGUCCCCGAAGGCCCGACGUCUCCGCGCAGGUUAUUGAAGCAGCUGGUCCUGGGGCGCCCACUAAUGUGGCCCUGAGGGCCGGAGCCCGCACCGACGGGAGCGGGAGCCGGAGCAGCUGCGGGCGCCGAGUGGCCGGUGCGCCCGGCCUAGCGCGCCUGCGUGCGUGGCCAGCUCGCUCCCGGCUUCUGCCUGGCUUUCCGGCUUAAUUUUCCUCCGCGGUUUUAAAGUUGGAAAUUGACCGGAGAAUUGAGUUGCCGGGGAACAGAGCCCCGGCCGCCGCCAGCGCGAUGUUCCCGCAGAGCCGGCACCCGACGCCGCACCAGGCUGCAGGCCAGCCCUUCAAGUUCAGUAUCCCGGAGUCCCUGGACCGGAUUAAAGAGGAAUUCCAGUUCCUGCAGGCGCAGUAUCACAGCCUUAAAUUGGAAUGUGAGAAACUGGCAAGUGAAAAGACAGAAAUGCAGAGGCACUAUGUGAUGUAUUACGAAAUGCCAUAUGGAUUAAACAUUGAAAUGCACAAACAGACUGAAAUCGCCAAGAGAUUGAAUACGAUUUGUGCACAAGUCAUCCCAUUUCUGUCUCAGGAACAUCAACAACAGGUGGCCCAGGCUGUCGAACGUGCCAAACAGGUGACCAUGGCAGAGUUGAAUGCCAUCAUCGGGCAGCAGCAGUUGCAAGCUCAGCAUCUUUCUUAUGGCCACGGACCCCCAGUUCCCCUUACGCCUCACCCUUCGGGACUUCAGCCUCCUGGAAUCCCGCCCCUCGGGGGCAGUGCCGGCCUUCUUGCACUGUCUAGUGCUCUGAGUGGGCAAUCUCACUUGGCAAUAAAAGAUGACAAGAAGCAUCAAGAUGCAGAGCACCACAGAGAUGAGAGGCCCGGCAAGCCAGAUUAGGACUUUGUCCUCAUACUCUUACAGUGCUGCAAACUUGUGUGCAUCGCUAAAGAGAGCCCCAACCUAUACAGAAAGCAAACAAUGAGAUAAGAGGAACUGUCUCAAAGCUUUCCACUGAAACACAGGUCACCCUGGAAGUUUGCAGGGUUUGCUGUGGGCAUCUGUAGAUUUCUCGAUCUCGUUAGAUUGCAGGCAUCUUGACAUCUUGGCAACUGCCUAGUUAAUGCCAGUGGCCUGUACCAUAUUAUGGAAAACUGUUAACUGCUUAAUUGGGUAAUUUUCAAAGAAAGUAAUGUUGUUAAAUGGGGCGAAAUAAGAAGUUAAAUUUGAAAGUGAAUGUGUUCAAAUGAAAGGUUUGAUAAUUGCAUCUGUUACUACUUAGUUUCAUAGGCUUUAAUUCUAGUAUGCAUUAAAUAUUGGGCAAAAUUGCACUUGACUAAUUUUUUGAAGAAAAGUAAUUUAUUCUGUCAAGAAAUUUUAAAAAUAGGCAUUGUGUAUGGUUAAACUGUAAAUCUUAUGUUUACAAAAUACUGUAAUUUUCAGGAAAUCACUGUAUUAGGAAUGUGCAAUGACUUAUAUAAAUAAAAGCCAUUUUUAAAACUGAAAAAAAAAUAAAAUAAAA